AAUGAAACAGCCAUGACUUGGACCAGGGGUCUCAAACUCAAACGACCUGGGGGCCAGUCUUGUCUGGUCAGGAGGUCCACAAUUAUAUCGAAAUAAUGUUUUUUGUUUCCGAUAUUUAAAUAAAAUGUCAUAAUAAAAGUGCCUGUUUUGAUAUGGAACAAAAGAUAAAUGUAGUUGUGAUGCAAAAUGAGUCUGUGCAAUUUUUUUUUUAAAAAUGACAGAAAUAAAUCAUUAUAACUUGAUAUUAAGAGGAGGGCCACAUAGGGGGCCGUAAGUGGACCACGGGCUGCAAGUUUGAGACCUCUGACUUAGACACAUCUGCUCUGGUAGUAUCCAACUUAUGUAGUCUAUGGCUUCCCCUGCUUCCAAAAACAUCUCACACUUAAUGUUGAUGCUUUGCUUAAGUAACAAAUGGGCUCAAAUGAUGUCAGAGGAAGUGAAGAAGUGAAGUGUGAAAUACAAAUUGGUCACCUUAGUAACUACUAGAAAAAAAAACCCAGAAAAACUGAAAAAAAAAAUCUGUACACUCAACGCACCUUCAAGUCGCUUUUGUGCUGAGAGCAGGAAGAAGCAACAUGGAUGAGCUUGAUCUGCUGUUGCAGGAGCUUGCACUGGAGGCAGCUGCUUCAAAGAGUGUCAAGGAAAACAGCACGGAUGAUGCAGUCAAAAGAGAGGUGCCAGCUGCAGACUAUUCUGUACUUGACAAGAAAGAAAAAGGCUCAGCUGACUCAAAUGUCUACAGUGAUCUUCCAUCUUCCGUGGCAGCUUUCUCGAACCCAGACUCUCCCACUAAGGAGUUGGACACUGUUUUGCAAGAUCUGAUGGGUCUGGUGGAAAGAGAGGAUCCAGCCGCUUCAGCAACCCCUCCACCACUUACACAAAAGCAGUCCAUAAAAAGGAAGAUAAAUGAGGGACAACAAGAGAACAACAAGAGCAGCAGCAAAGCAGGUUCUGAUGCAGAGACUUCGACCAGAACCACAAAAACCGAUACUAUAGAUGACCUGCUGGGAGGACUGAGUUCUGACCUGGAGAAGAUUGGAGUACGCACCACAGCCAAGGGCCACUGUGCCUCCUGCAACAAAUGCAUUGUGGGAAAGAUGAUCACUGCACUGGGUGAAGUGUGGCACCCGGAGCACUUUGUGUGUGUGGUUUGUAAAACAGAGCUGAUCACCACAGGCUUCUUGGAGCGAGACGGACAACCGUACUGUGACAAAGACUAUCACCACCUCUUCUCACCUCGCUGUUCGUAUUGCAAAGGACCCAUUUUACAGAACAUCUUGACAGCGCUCGACCAGACUUGGCAUCCCGAGCACUUCUUCUGCACAUACUGUGGAGGCCUAUUUGGACCUGAAGGUUUCCUAGAGAAAGAUGGGAAGCCAUAUUGUCACAAGGACUUCUACUACCUCUUUGCUCCCAAGUGCUCUGGCUGUGGUGAGUCAGUGAAGGAGAACUACCUGACUGCAGCCAAUGGCACCUGGCAUCCAGAGUGCUUCGUCUGUGCAGACUGCCGGCAGCCUUUCACCAAUGGCUGCUUUAUGGAGUUGGACGGUCGACCUCUCUGCUCGGUGCACUUCCAUUCCAGGCAAGGCACUCUGUGCGGCGGCUGUGGUGUGCCCAUCACAGGCCGCUGCAUCUCCGCUCUCAAUCGCAAGUUUCACCCUGAGCACUUUGUGUGCGCCUUCUGUCUGCGGCAGCUCAGCCAAGGCAUCUUCAAGGAGCAGAAGGGGAAACCUUACUGCGCCACUUGCUUUAACAAACUCUUCGUGUAGGGAAUGCAGGACUUAACACAGAGAUCAUGCAGAGGAUACACUGUAGAUGUUCAGUUUCACAUUCAUUCAAAAGUAAACAUCUAUACUUCUUACAUCACACACAUUGUAUUUGCAGAAGAGAAAUAGACAUUUCACAAUUUCAUGGCUGACAGAGCUACAUGACAAGUGCUUUUGGAUACUACUAAGAUGAAUUACAUGGUUAAGAGUGCCUAACAAGGAGUGUGAUGUAAAUUACCAGUAGUUGUGUAAAGAUAUCAAGGGAAAAUGCUAACAUAGUAAAAUAAUGAAUGACACGGUUGUUAAACACAGGAAAAUACUUAUUUCCUGUAAUAAAAGUUAUUGAAGAAACGUUUUACAUAUGUGAAUUUUGGAUGAUUCUAAAAGGUACGUUUCUGACAUUUGUUCAAUAUUUAAUUGGAUUGCAUUCAUCAUGUUCAUAUAAAAUGGAGAAAUGGAGAAAGAAAAACAGUGAGGUUCAGGUUUAAACCAUGGUUUCCAUUAAGCUAUCCUCAGUUUGCCAUAAGACUUGGCAGAGCAGAAUAUGGAGCAGUUUGUCAAGGGGCUUGUCUAUUUAGCCUGAUAGCUUGUCUUGGCAUGGAAUCAGUGUGCCAGCCUAAGUCUCCUCUUACUCUGACUGACCAUUUGGCCCUCAGCACACACUGGAUUCACACAAACUCUUCAUACACCACAGAGACUCCUUUAUAGAGGACCGAUGGAAGAUUAAUCACGCUACUGAGAUGAACAAAAGUGGUUUCAGAGGUGAAAAGUUUCAUCACAUCACAGCAUCUCUUCAGCAAAUUACUUUGACUGUUGAGGCAUGAAUCAACCGCAAAGUGCUCUGGUGAAAAAACAUCUCCAACGAUAUGCGUGGCAUUUGUAAUUGUUACUCCUGGAGGUUUUUUUUAUUCAUUACCAACAAUUAGUGAUAUAUUGCAUCAGAUUCCCGAUAAAGUUCCAUUAGUAAAGAAAAUGUCAGGUAACUUGUCAGUUGUGCAGAAUUAUUUUAUAGGCAUUUUACUCUCAAAUACUACAAUUUCCAAACUGCAUGAAUUACAGCACAUUUCCCCUUAGUCUCUUUGAAACUUCAGCCAAGUUUCAAAUGGACCAUGGUUAGAAACUCCCAAACUACUCACAAACUUGAAGUAUACACUUGAAACUUGAAUAUAUGCAAUGAUUUUCUUUGAGUUUCUAUAAAAGUAAUCAAACAUUUGUUCCUAAAUAUUCACAAUAUUCAGUGUAUUUGUUGAGAUUGGCAAAAUGAAUUUGACCAGUUUGCAUCUUAUCGUCCCAUGAACGCUGUUAGCACUGUUGGCAGCUUCCUUCAGCUGCGUGAAGUUUGUGUGUGAGUGAGAAAGGAGAUGGGCAUUAAUCACACUGUCAUCACUGUCAAACCGGGCCCUUCGCGGCGCCCACAGAGUACCGACAUGCAUCAUGGAACGAUUGUGAAUGUUUCUUGUUCACGUCAACAUCCAAGAUUGUAAGUGUUUAAUGAUGUAAGGGCCUCGUGCCCAAAUUCCUGCUGAACUCAAGACGUACAGUGAUGUUAAAUGUUUGAUAUUUUUUAAAAUACACAUGAGUGAUUUCAGUCCUCAGACCCAAGAGGAAGUGAGUUUUCCAGCAUGAACAUUCCAUAGAACAAGUUCGAUUUUGGCAUGUUAUGCAGCUGUAAAAUUCCACAUCACCACAGCUUAAGGACGGAUAUGUUCAUUCUAGUAUUAUUUUUUUGUUCUGCCCCAUUCGCUGUCACAACUGCAUGUUAUUAUGAGCGGAACUAGCUGCCAAAAGUGUCUUAUGAGUGGGAAUACUUGUUUAAUGCUGUCUUUCCUACAAAUGGCUUCAAAGGCCCAUAAACUAGUGGUUAGUUUAAUUUUAGAUUUGUGAAAAACCUCAGACACACAUGUAUACAGUCACCCUAGCAGUCCAGUGCUUUCAAGCGUGGACACCACCACAGCUCAGCAAAGUCAUGAACUCUGAAGUAGAAAACAAAAAUAUGACGCAGGGAAAGACAUUUUGGCGUUUGUGUGUCAUCGCAUGACUGAGUGAAUGGGAGAGGAAAAGCAUUCUCUUGCACGUAGUAAAAACGAGAAAACAUGAAAUAUGAGCGAGGGCCUUUUUUUUUUCUUUAAAGGGUGGCAAAUGAAGGCCAGUCUGUGGAGAGCAAAGAGUGUAACUCAGGUGACAUUUACAGCAGUGAAACAAACAGUCUGGGAGAGCACUGGGUCAUGAGAUGGCAGCUUGAGCUCAGUGGGGGAGGAAGGAGGAUUGAGGAGUAUAUUGGGACAUAAUGGAUACUGGUGCUGAGGGAGGCAGGGUGGGGUGUGCAGGGGCUGAGGGGUGUAGUUGCAAGCGUUACCCCUGCAUGACACUGAAACUGAAUACUUACCACCCCUCCUGUAAAAUGGCUGUGUCCGCUCGGCCACCCCUGAUGGGGACUGGAGGGCGGCCUGUCCAGAACCAUGCAUCUCCACUCUGGUCACACCUGGCUGGCCCGGCCCUAACCUGUAAACCCAGCAGCUCACAUUAGCUUUGAGCCCAUAACUGUCAGAUUGUUCUUAGGUACAGGCGGACUCAUUAAUCAGUACAUUCGCUUGUAGACACACACAUACACACGUACGGAAAUGGAGACAACGCCAGUUGCAAAUCAGUCCUGACAAUGUGAAAUCACAGCUCCAGUAGGUGCAAUAAAACGUGGAAGGAUCUGAUUACUGUAACAUCACUGCGAAGCAUGUCCAUGUACAGUACGCACUGAUGAACUUAACAGUUCCCUGCAACUGUGAACGUGGAUACAUUACUCUGAAAGGAACACUGCCCUAUAAAUUAAGCAAAUGGCAUCUGAAUUGCAACAGCAAAUAUUUGACUUUUGGAAUCUGUCUACACUUGAGUUACAGAAAUAAAUAAAUGUAUUUUGUCAUUGAACAAAAUAAUGUUUUUUUUUGUUGUUUUGUUUUUGAAAAAGCUGAAUUGAUUGUAAUGCAU